GGCAGUAUUCUCACGUAUCUCCCGGUUGUGUGAAGAUGGUAAUUCGAAAGCUGUAUGUGCCGCCUACUGUGAAUAAGCAAAUUGGUCAACCAACCAAACUAGUGGGCCAAUCUGCUGAUCAGGAAACUGCUGUUGCUUUCAGCUUACCCGAAACCAAUGAAGAACCAACGCCCAUCGUAUUUGGUCAGGUGAAUGGAGAAAAAGAUGAUGUAAUAGUGGAUAUCAGUCCCGGUAAAAUUCGGGGUGUGAAGCAUAUCCUGCCCAAUGGGCAAAACUUCUUUAGUUUUAGCGGUGUUCCGUACGCCAAGCCGCCAGUUGGGGAUUUAAGAUUCAAGCCCCCGGUACCAGUGGAGAAGUUUGACGAUGAUGUUCUGGAUUGCCAACGGGAAGGCAACAACUGUUACAGUUACUUAUAUUUUCCUCCCGAGGCUGAGAAACUUGCUUCGGAGGAUUGCUUGUUUCUGAACGUUUACACUCCAAAGUUACCCACCAAACAAGACAACGAGAAAUUACCGGUUAUGGUUUGGAUACAUGGUGGAGGUUUUAAUUUUGAAAGCGGAGAUAGUUCUUUAUACGGGCCUGAGUUUUUGCUCAAGGAAGGAGUUGUUGUAGUAACGUGCAAUUAUAGAUUAGGGGCACUUGGAUUUUUGAGCUUGCCAUCUGUAGGAAUUCAUGGUAAUAUGGGAUUGAAGGAUCAACAAUUGGUGUUGCAAUGGGUCAAUGAAAAUAUUGCUGGUUUCGGUGGUGAUUCGAACAAUGUUACUCUGUUUGGGGAAAGCGCUGGAGGAGCUUCGGUGCAUUUGAAUUAUCUUAACGAGACCUCAAGGCAAUACUUCCACAAAGCAAUAUGCAUGUCCGGGGUAUCUUAUAACCCGUGGGUGCUGGAAAGUAAUCCAGAGGUGAAGGCACGCCAUUUAGCUAAGCUGUUGGGAGCUGACGUUACAAACGACGAAGACGUUUACCGGACAUUGAUGGGAGCGCCACCUAAUGAACUUAUUCUUCAAUCGACGAAUAUUCUCAGUGAAGCGGAUAAGGGUACAAAUAAGUUCUUCCCUUUCACGCCUGUGGUUGAAUCGACACUUUCAGAAAAGCCAUUUCUAACAGAAAAUUUGAUUAGCUUAAUGAUGAAACCUAAUAUGACUAAUAUCCCACUAAUCACUGGCCUAACAUCCAACGAAGGCUUACUAGUAGCGGGCGAAUCGUUGAAAGAUAUUGAGCUAUAUGAAGCCGACGCUACAAAGUUGGUACCACAAGAGCUGCCGCUGGAUGGAGACCGUCUCAAAGAUGCUGCUUUUGAAAUCAAACGUUUCUUCUUUGGCGACGAUGCAAUUACUGUAGAACGUUUGUCGACCUUGGUUGAUAUUUUGUCCGAUAACAUGUUUGUUAUGGCAGCUUAUGUAGCAAGUGAACUACACGCCCGCUAUCAGAAUGAGGCUCCAUUGUAUUUCUACCUGGAUUCGUUUGUUGGACAGCUGAACAAGUAUCGCAAUGUAUUUGCGGCUCCCGAUCAUCUAGAAGGAGUUUGCCAUGCGGAUGAGCUACCGUAUCUGUUUAGUUCAACAUGGUUGGGAACCGACGUUGAGCAGGGUUCGCGGGAGGAUAACUUCCGAUCAACUAUCUGUAAGCUGUGGACCAAUUUCGCAAAGCAUGGAAAUCCUACACCCACUGACGGAGGGAUUGAUUUCGUUUGGGCGCCAGUCAAGCCGGUUAGUGAUUCACAGUUCGUAUUGGAUGCAGCCGAGCUCAAUGAUGAGUUGAAGAUGGUGCAGAACCCGUUUGGGGAGAGAGUGCAGUUUUGGCGUGAGCUUUUUGCGCGAUAUUAUGAUACUUAUUUGCAUGGAAGUGUUGUUAACUAAGGGAGUCAAUUCAUUUGAUUAUUCCGCUUAAAAAAUGCUUUGUUGAAAUUGGGCUUCAUAUUUAUUUUAUGAAUAAAUAUUACAUAAUCCUCGGAGAAAAAAACAA